GAUUUAAUGAAAAAUCAACCCUAAACUAGAAGUUAGUGUUUAGUAUUUAUUUUACAGAUACAUAUAGAUGCUUGUGCACGCACAUAAGCGGAACCUUCCUUUAAAAACGAACCAUAAUAUUAGUUUAUAGCAAAUAUAAGAACGUAAAAAUGAAAGUAACACAAGCGAAAAAGUUAAGAAUAUCACAAGUCAAAAAUUCACAAGUUACAAAAAAAACCAAAGCAAAAUUGCCGCAAUAUAAAGUGCAAAAUAAGUUAAUCCAAGGAGAAAGAGCAUCGUAUUCGAAUAUGAAUCCUUCUUGCAAAAGAAAUAAAAAUUAUCAAAACACCUCGUUAGUGGGAAGUUCAUUAAGUAAUAAACAAUUAAUCUUACAACGUAAUUUGAAACGAAGAAAGAAAAAAUAUGCUAAUAUGAAAGGAACACAACAUUCUAUGGAUCUUUCCUUAGAGUCGUGCAAUGACUCUCCUGAAGCCAGGGAUAGAAGUGACAAACGAUAUCGCGACAUUUUAGAACAAAGAAAUAUAGGUUUACCUGUAAUAGUUGAAACACUCUCAGAAAAUUUAUCUUCGUUAAGCAUACCUGAAGUAUUUAAAGAGAGCGAACAAUUGAUAAUGAAAAAUGAUAUUUUUGAUAAUAAUCCAUCGUGUAUGGUAAACGAUUUCAAAAAGGAUGAAGCUUGCGUAGUUGUUGCCGAAUCAUUAAAUCCAAAUGAUAAUUUAUACAAUCGAGGGAACGGUACUAAAAUUAUGUCAUUAUCCAAGAAUAAUCGUAAACCACGUAUAGAUAAGAAAAAAUCGCGAAAUAGUAAUUCAAAUAUUCCUAUUAGUCCAAAAAAGACUAGUCCAGAAAAGCAAUUAAUAGUUUCCACUACUAAAGAGACUGAAAAAUCUUCUGAUACUUUCUACGAAGAAAAUAAUAGUUUCGACGAUAUAAAUGGAAGAGACGAUACAUUCGAAGCGAGAACAUUGAAUAAAAAUGAUAUUUCGUCUAUUGAACAACAGUCAGUACGGUUUUAUUGUGUUAAGAAUAAAAUAGUCGCAGUGAUGUCGAAAAGGGCACGAUUUUGUUUUACCGGAAAAUUGGUUGUAAAGGUAAUAUAUGGCGCGAUAGAAGUUUACGGAUUUUUUAUCACUACGAAGAACGAUCCGAUCGAAAUCUAUUCACCAAGAGGAUAUAGUAACGUAUCGAUCGAAGUAAGUGAAAAAUCUGUGGAGAACAUCGAAUCGGAUAUAUGGAUGUCUCUUUCUCUCGAAGGUAUCGAUCGAAAUCAAAAGAACAAAUUGGUCGACGAGAUCGAACAAAUUCAACCUGGCAUGGCUGUUCUUUUGUUAUCCAAUUUAGAUAACAAAUUGACUAGAUUUUUACACGUUUUCUAUCCAUUUAGGCUAUUCCCAAAAAUAAAGAAUACACCGUAUUAUUCUUGGGCCGAUCCAAAAAGAGCCGAAACAAUAUUGCAAUCGAAUCUUUAUAUCGAUAAUUCCACGUGUAAGGAGUUAAUUAUUGAUCCACGUAUCGCACAAGAAGUUAGCGAGAAAAUGUUGAAUUGUUGGCGUUCGAACGAAUGGUCGUGCGCUUUAAUUGCCGGCGGGAAAGGCGUUGGUAAAUCUACUACGACGCGUUAUUUGAUAAAUAGUCUAUUACCCGCCUCAAAAAUGGUGAUUCUUAUGGACGUUGAUCCAGGCCAAACGGAAUGCACACCGCCCGGAUGUAUAUCGUAUAGUUUAAUCGAACGACCCUUGAUGGGACCAAAUUUUACGCAUUUAACCACACCAGUUUUCCAAUUGUAUAUCGGAGACGUGAACGUAUCGCGUUGCAUUACGCGAUACAUCGAGGCUGUCAAAAUGUUAUUCGAUAAAUUGUUAAAUUGUCCAAACUUGUCACGUUUACCAAUUGUUAUAAACACGAUGGGUUUCUCGCAAGGCGUUGGUUGGGAUAUAAUCAUGUUUACGAUUAAAUUGAUCCGACCUUCUUUCGUGGUACAAAUUAUGUCCGAAAAGCCAAAGAACAAUUAUAUCGGAUACUUGAGCAAACAAGUAGUAAAUCGACAGGAAUUAACAUGGGGCACGAACAUUGUCACCUGGAAUCAACCGUGCGAUCACGAAUUAUUCGUAGUACGUUCGCACGCGGAACGUAAAGCUGGUCCAGGAUACGAAACUUGGAAUAUGGAACCGUAUCAGCAACGAGAACUCGUUAUGAUAUCUUAUCUCAGUGAAAUUGUACAAAACUCUUCGAAUUCUACGACACGUUAUGACGCUUUGAGUAUCAACGAAGCUGUACCAUACGUAACAUCUUUCGCAUCGUUGUUCAUUGCAAUACCGCGACCAUCGACGUCCGCCUCGCACGUGUUGAACAUAGUGAAUGGUAAUAUAGUGGCAUUGUGUGGAAUCGAUAUGAACAAUAACGAAUGGCAAGAGGCUGGAUCUGGUCCUCGUGUAUUAAACAGAUCUCCUCUUUGCGCCUGUUACGGAUUCGGUAUCGUCAGAGGGGUUGACAUGGAGAGGAAAGAGAUAUUUAUAAACACACCGUUACCAGUCUCCAUAAUGCGGUAUGUGAAUUGUUUGAUGGGAUGUAUACCUGUUCCUAUUACGCUAUUACAAAUUAAUCAACAAAGGAACGUACCUUAUACCGGUGGUAAUGAGGUUUCACCAAUGAGUCGAGAGCAUCGCAGGGGAUACUUCCGUAUGAGAUAUCAAAAGGAAUAGCAGAAUAACGUUUAAA